AUGAUAUCAGUAGCAUUUCAUGGAACAAGAGCAUAUCUUAUAGACAAAAGUCUUAUACCAAUAGUUUUGUUAUGGUUAGACCCAGUUGUUGGAUAUAACUUCAUAACUUAUGGUUCAUUCGAUACGGAACGUUGCAGUGAAGGCUUACUUUACAUCGUUCAGAAACCGAAGGACUUCAAUACAAAGAGAUAUAAGAUAGGAAGAACAUAUAAUAUAACUCAAAGAUAUGACAGUACAGUCAAUAGAGUCAAGGUUGUGUUCGUUAACGAUAUGAGAGCUGCUGAAACAGAACUACUUGAAAAGUUUGAGAAAAUGUAUGGUGCUCCCAUAAAAGGUAAAGAAACGUUUGAAGUAGAUGAGAUAGAUAAAGCUAUAAAAUUAUUUGACGAAGUUGCUGAAAAAUACAUGUAA